CCGGAGGCGGGAAGGCCCUGCGGGGCGGGGCCACCGGGCCCAGGCCUCUCUCCAGCUAUGGCGGCCGCGUGGGGUCCUGGUGGCCUGCAGCGCUGCGUGGUGUCGCCGUCCGGAAGACACAGCGCCUCGCUGAUCUUCCUGCACGGCUCAGGCGAUUCUGGACAAGGACUGAGGAGAUGGAUCAAGGAGGUUUUAAGUCAAGAUUUAACAUUCCAGCACAUAAAAAUCAUCUAUCCAACUGCUCCUCCCAGGCCGUACACUCCCAUGAGGGGCAGGAUCUCCAAUGUGUGGUUUGACAGACUCAAGAUCUCUAAUGACUGCCCCGAGCACUUGGAGUCCAUUGACAGGAUGUGCCGGGAGUUGACCGAGCUCAUCGAUGAGGAAGUCAGCGGCGGCAUCAGCAAGAGGCGGAUACUGCUGGGAGGAUUUUCCAUGGGAGGAUGUAUGGCCAUGCACUUAGCAUACAGGAACCAUCGAGAUGUGGCAGGGGUAUUUGCUCUAUCUAGUUUUCUGAAUAAAGCAUCUGCUGUUUACCAGGCCCUUCAGAAGAGUGAUGGUGUGCUUCCAGAACUAUUUCAGUGUCACGGCACUGCAGAUGAGUUGGUUCUUCAUUCCUGGGGCGAAGAGACAAACUCAGCGUUAAAAAGUUUAGGAGUGAGCACAAAGUUUCAUAGCUUCCCCAGUAUGUACCAUGAACUCAGCAAAACAGAGCUGGAGCAACUAAAGUCAUGGAUUCUUACAAAGCUGCCGGGAGAAACGGGAAAACACAAUGAAUGAACUCAGACUGACUUGUUAAUACACAUGUGCUGUCAUUUUGGAAAGUGAUUUCUUACUGCCAAGUUAUAAUGAUAAAUAAAACACUGAGAGAUGA